AUGGCGUCUUCGAUGGACGUUCAUGUCCGGAUUUGUGCGCAAGAAAAUAAAUAUGACUUGGAAAUUAAAGCUCUAAUUCAGGAUAUCAGAGAUUGUCCAGGACCUCAGUCUGCUCUCAUGGACCUCAACUCUCAGGUCAAAGGGAAGUUCAACAAGCUCAGACUCAGAAUACAGGACCUGGAGCAGAUGGCCAGAGAGCAGGACAGAGAGACAGACAGACUGGAGAUCCAGGCAGAGACAGAGAGCCAGCGAAGACAGAUGAUGAGUAACCAGACUGCAUGGAGGAAGGCCAACUUGGCCUGUAAACUGGCCAUUGAUAACAUGGAGAAGGAUGAGCUGCUCCACGGAGGGGAAAAUGAGAGCACACGACAGAGGAGAGUGACCAAAGAAAGCUUAGUGGAAACCAGCAGCAACAUCACAGAGAGCCUGAUGUCUAUAAGCAGAAUGAUGUCUGAGCAAGUGAAGCAGAGUGAAGAUGCCAUUAACACACUAGCGACAUCUUCCAGAACGGUGCAGGAAACCAACGAGGAGUUCAAAAACAUGACAGGAACCAUCCACCUGGGGAGGAAACUCAUCCUUAAAUACAACCGUCGGGAGCUCACGGACAAGCUGCUCAUCUUCCUGGCUCUGGCACUGUUCCUCGCCACUGUCCUUUACAUCCUGAAGAAGCGUUUUCUUCCCUUCAUUUAG